AUGGUUUGUGGUGUAUUUGUACCUGUGCCAACAUUCUUCAAUGAUGAUGAAUCAAUUGAUUUUGAAACUCAAGUUAAACAUGCCCAAUUCUUAAAGGAUAAUGGUAUUAGUGGUAUUACAUUAUUAGGAUCAACUGGAGAAAAUGUUCAUUUGACAGCUAAAGAAAGAGUUGAAAUUGUUAAAUCUAUUCAUGAUGGAGUUGCUGAUUUCCCAAUUGUUGCUGGUGUAGCACAAAAUUGUUUAAGUGAUGCUAAAGAUGAAAUCAAAAGAUUAGCUGAUUCAGGUGCCUCAUAUGCUUUAGUAUUACCAUCAAGUUAUUAUGGAGCAGGUAUUACUCAGGAAGCUUUGGUUGAAUGGUAUACCAAUGUAGCUGACUUUUCACCUAUCCCAGUAUUGAUUUAUGUCUACCCAGGAGUCACUAACGGGGUUAGUGUUGCUCCAAGUACUAUUAAAACCUUAUCUAAGCAUUCUAACAUUAAAGGAAUUAAAUUCAGUCAUAACGAUGUCACUGCUUAUAGUGAAGUUUCUUUGGAUGAAGAAAUCACUGAUUUUGACUGUUUAACUGGAUUAGGUCAUUUAUUCUUACCAGCUCUUUCAGUUGGAUUCAAAGGAACUGUCGAUGCUAUAGCUGGAGCUUUCCCUAAAAUCUAUGUUUCUUUAUAUAAAGCAUUUGAAAAGGGAGAUUUGAAAACUGCCAAAGCUUUACAACUUUCCAUCAUCAGAGUCGAAAAAAUUGUAGCUGAAUUUGGUGUUAUUGGUAUCAAGAGAAUCAUCCAUGAAGUUGGGUUUGGUAAGAACUAUUUAGGAAGAUCUCCUUUGAACAAGGACACUUCUACUGGCUGGGAGAGAAUGUCAAAUUACAUCCAAGAAGUCAAAACUAUAGAGGCUAAGUUAGCUUAG